AUGUCCAAAACAAUCAUCAGAACCAUGAUUAAACAGAAAAAAUCAAGUAAUCCCACUAUGAAAUAUUAAUUUAAGGGAAGAGUAUUGGAGAAUGUGAGGAUUUUGAGAUAAUGGAAAAGAGAAUUAUUGAAUUUUGA